AUGGCAAUACCAAUAUCGACACCCAGCGGUACCGACUCGGAGAUCGAGGCUGGACCUUCUACACGUAGAUAUUCGUUAAGCCAGACUUUGUCAGCUCAUAACAGGAGUGUAACGGCUUUGAGGUUUUCUAAUGAUGGAUCAGUAUUAGUGAGCGCAGGCGCAGACGGAUGGUUACAUUUCUGGGAUCCGGAGAAUGGUGAUCACAUUCGAGGAUUUCGAGCACAUAAAACAGGAAUAAACGAUAUUUCAAUUUCACCUGAUUCAUUAUACGUUUCGACUGCAUCUGACGAUUCUACUUCACUCAUACAUUAUUUGACACCACCUCCAUCUUCGUCAAACGCAACACCUGACCCCGCUUUAGGUUCACAUUCCAAUGGAGAGGCAGGGUCAGAAGCACCGCUGAGGAUAUUGACUGGACAUACAGCUCCGGUGUUGUCUAUUGCUUUUUCGCCUAAAUCGAAUCUAUUGGUCACUGGAAGUUUUGAUGAAUCUGCGAUUAUAUGGGAUGUGAAAAGGGGAAGAGUUUUGAGAAGUCUACCUGCUCAUGCCGAUGCUAUUUGGUGUGUAGGCUGGGAUACAGAAGGCGGGAUGGUUCUGACUGCAGGUGCAGAUGGAUUAAUACGAUUGUGGGAUGUCAAUACUGGACAAUGUCUUAAAACUUUGGAUAACGAUACCAACUCUCCUGUGUCAUAUGCGACUUUUACACCAUCAUCAUACUUCUUAUUAUCUUCAACACUCUCGUCGACACUACGAAUAUAUAAUAUACAUACUUCCAAAGUAUUGAAGACGCUUCAAGCUCCUGGAUCUUAUAUAAGUGAAAAAUAUCCUUGUCCAGCGAUAGUAUUCACAGCUCCUCAACCUCAACCUACACCAACGUGUCAAUCCUCGGAUCGAGCAGGCAAUGAUGUUGACGUGAAUAUGGACGUAGAUGGCGAUUCAGACGGGACGGAGACACAAAAGCGGGUCGAUGGAAAGAGUGAAGAGGGGAAGAAAAAAGAAGCUUGGACAGUAUCAGGAUCUGAAAAUGGUAAAAUCAUAAUAUGGGAUUUACAAUCGAAGAAAUUGAUACAGAUCUUGCCAGGUCACACGAAUCCUAUAGUGGCUAUUGCUGUACACCCUAGUGGACGAUUGUUAGCUAGUGGUUCGCUGCAACCUGAUAAGACGAUCAAGUUAUGGAGGGUGGAUUGA